AUGGGCUCUGCCGCUGUUACACGAACACAUGCGUCUCGGCGCCCUCGCGGUGACCACGGGGUGCGUUCACCGCCGCUGCUCUCCCUGGUGCGCCUUUCCGUGCUUGGCGUCCUGUUGACUCUCAUCGGGGCUGCCCAUGCGACUGCCGAGCGGCAGGAGGAGGGUGCUUUGCUGGGGCACUGGACCGACGCCACAUCCACUUAUUUUGGUACCGCCGCCACGCCAUUUAUCUUAGAAAACGGCACGACAGUAUACUUGCAGGCCCCUCCGCUGCGGGUUUUGACGCUUGUCGACUGGCAGAACCAACGGCACACCGAGUUUCUUAGCAGCUGGCCCAACCAGUCGUCGUUGACACUUUGGGCGAACCACAACACCGCCAUCUCCUACGCCUCACGCAUCAUCUCGUCCGAUUUAGUGUACCGCGCCGCAUGGUCGACCGGUCCGCUGCCCGCGAAGACGGCGAGCGGGAGCACUCUCGGCGACACCGAGCUCAAGGUGGUCAGCGCUAUGGCGGCCGACCUGCUAGGAAUCGGUGAGCUGGACCUUGUCGUGCAGGCCAGUGACGGGUCCAUCUGGGUGCUCAAUCACUCUUCCGUCGCCUCCGCGUCGUCGUCCUCGUCCGAGUCGGCCUUUGAACCCAUCUUCGUCGUUAACGCUGACGUGGCUGCCGCCUCUGUCCCCAACACAGUCACGGCGGCAUCGAAUGUCUCGAUGCAGUUCAAGAUGCCCAAUGCUCCCCAACUUGCUGUGGUGCCAGAUGUCCUAUGCGACCUGGCGAAUCCGCACGCGGCGCAGACGGCCCUGGCCUUCGUGAAUACAGACGAUCAGCUUGUCUUGCUUUCUCGCACCACGAAUACGACCAUGGCGUCGACGCUGGAGUGGCCGCCACAUUACGUGGCGCGUGUGCUUGUGGACGAGCACAGCAUCACCACGCAACGUGCUGUGUUGCCCUUGUCUAUUGCGCUGGCGGACGUGAACGAGGACUGCGCGGCGGAGCUGCUGUACGCGGUGCGCGACACGCAGGAACAGCGGUACGAAGUGCACAUGAUCAGCCAGAGUAGGCUGUCAGUGCCGGCCGCCACAUCGUCCGCUGCGGCAUCUUCCUCUGCAUUAUCUCUGCUGCUGCUGGAGCUAGCCGAGGACGCCGGAGAGCGCUACGGCGAAACCUUCACACUUGCCGACAUGAAUGGCGACGGCCUGCCGGAGCUGCUGCUCUCUGUUCAGCUCGCCAACGCUACCUCAUCCUGCACCGCGGCGGACACGGCAGACGUCACGGAACCGUGCACGCCGUAUCAUGCCAUCCGCGUGUUCUACCCAAUCCGCGCUUCGGGCGUGAGCGGGGCACCGUUGUGCGGGUUGUCUGCGUCGAGCGACGAGCGCCACCUCACAUACACGGUUGCCCAGAGCGAAUUAUUGGCGUUGACGGCGGAGUGGUGCGGAGUGGCGGAUUGGAUUGAGGGCGAUCCGUCAACCGCGGGAGGCAGCUUUCCCUUGUACAUGCCGAGCUACCCAUCGGCGCCGCUGGUGCUCCGACCAGGUGACUACAACCGCGAUCGGCUCGUGGACCUAAUCAUCCCCAGCUCCUUUGGGCCUCUGGUGCUGACCUCGCGCGGUGCCAGUGGCGCCCGGUCGAUGGUGUGCACACCCCUCGACGCCAGCGCUGGGGUUUCAGCAGUGAAACAAGCCAUGAAGACCUCAAAGCUCACCAGCCCCUCUACGGCGUCCCGAGAGGCCUACCGCACCGCCACACCGUUCUUUGGCACGCUGGCGCAGCUUGGACGGCUUGAGGUGGUUCUGACGCACCAUAGACGGUACUCGAGCACCGUCGCGUCGAAGACAGCUGUGAUGACGGCCGCUGAUGUUACCCGGAGCGCGAUGCAGGUGUACCAAAAUGGGGCGGUGCCGAGCCGAUCGUACUUUCUCUCAGUCUCGGCUAUCACAGCAGCCGCGCACGGUGCUGCAUGCGUCGGAGCCACGCAUCACAUGAUGUGGCAGGACAUCCACAUGCGCUCACACUGGGCCACUGUGACCCAGCUUGAGCGAACACAAGGGCACGCGCUGCUCCCCUCGCAGGUCCUGGUCGGCCUUGGCGAAACCUUCUCUUACGUGCAUGACUACACCGUCGGGCUUCGUGUGACGCAGCGCACCAGUGCUGUGCAGAGUACAUCGCAUGGGAGCAGGCUGAGUGUGACGGAGCUCACGCAAGCGGUGCAGCGCAAGGAGUGGCCGUCGUACCUCGUCCCGAAUGCGGCGGUGUUUGCGCAGCUGACACCGAUAGACAAACCGUACGAGUGGAGCUUGGAGAUGUAUCUUCCUACGUCAACGUAUCGUGUGCUGCUGGUGACAGCGUUGACUGUGGCUCUGGUUGCGAUUGGGCUGCCGAUUGUGUGGCUGCGCUGCGGAGAGAUGCGGAGGGACUACAACGAGUGGCGCACUCCACUGUGA